UGAAAUGUUAUACUCGUCUGCUGGAAAUUGAAAGAAGAAGAAGAAGAAGAAGGAAGAGGAAAAAGCAAAAUGGCGUUUGACGGAGAAGGGUUAGACGUAGCCACUGGCUAUUAUAUGUACUGUAUUUGGAAUUAGUCUGUACAUUCACACAUAUAUAUUUCGUUUAAUAGAGUAAACAAUAACUGUUUGUACAUUAGACUGAGCGCACUGUGACGCUUCUCGUGCUUGCUAGCUUGUCUUAAGCCUUAAGCUAACUAGUUAGCUUAGCUCGUUAGCUGCUAACAAAGCGACGACAUAUAUUUGCACAUCCAUGCACGGCGUAAAAACACGGAACUGGUUCUCAGCACAUCGCUAAGCAGAUAUCAGGUGUGCGUUGCGUGUAAAGUGUUGUGAUAUUGUGAAAGAACGACGGCAAAAUAGGAGGAACUUUUCUCCAACAAAAGAGGACAAGGCCCGACAACAUCAACUAGUUAACUCUGUUUUCAAGAUACAUCAAUUAGUCUGACACAGAACAGAGCACCACCACCUUAUAGGAAGAGAAGGAACUGUGGAUCACUGAGGAGAGAGGGGGUCUUCUCGGGCAGGAGGAGACUGAUCUCACUAAGUUUCCAUUUACCGUUGUCUCUGUCAAAACUGAAGAACAUAAAGACGAACCUGAGUCCUCACAGCUUCAUCAAAGUCCAAGCGUCUGUGAAGAACAUCCUCUCCCUGAGCAGCACGAGUGGAGCUUUAGAAUGGAGCAGGAGGAGCCACAAACCCCCUACGUUAAAGAGGCGGAGGAAGCGCCACAGCCCCCUCACAUUAAAGAUGAAGAGGAGGAACACCGCAUCAGUCUGGUGGGAGAGCGGCUUGAAGUGUUGGAGGAGUUCCCAGUGAUUGGUAAGAUUGAAUUGAAUAAGAUUAAAGGUGAAAGUGAGGAGACUAGAGAGGCGGAGCUUCCAAGCAGCUCAACUCAACACAUGACAACAGAAGCUGAUGGAGACCACUGUGGAGGAUCACAAGUCGACAAGAUCUUCGCUCCACUAUCAGAUAGUGACGACAUUGAUGAUGAAGACUCUGAUGCUGAUAAAACAUGCCACACUGACAACACACACUUAAAAUGCUCUUUCUGUGGCAAAGCCUUUAAAUACCGUAGUGAUCUAAAAGUACACACAAGAAUACACACUGGAGAAAAACCUUUUUCCUGUUCAUUCUGCGGUAAAGGUUUUGCUGUAAAACAUGUGUUGAAAGACCACAUGAGAAUACACACUGGAGAAAAGCCAUUUACCUGUGCAAUCUGCGGUAAAGGUUUUGUACAAAGACAACAAUUGAAAGUGCACAUGCGAACACACACUGGAGAAAAACCUUAUACUUGUUCAAUCUGUGGCAAAGGUUUUGUACAAAGACAUUAUUUAAACUUACACAUGAGAAAACACACCGGAGAAAAACCUUUCUCUUGUUCAAUCUGUGGUAAAAGCUUUAUAAAAAGUCCCAGUUUGAAAGUACACAUGAGAAUACACACUGGAGAAAAACCGUUUAACUGCUUAAUCUGCGGUAAAGCUUUUUCGCAAAGUCAACAAUUGAAAGUACACAUGAGAAUACACACUGGAGAAAAACCUUUUACCUGUCAAAUCUGCGGUCAAGGCUUAGUACAAAGUCAACAUUUGAAAGUACACAUGAGAAAACACAAUAGUGAAAAAACGGAUUCCUGUUCAAUCUGCAACAAAAGCUUUGCUGACCGAUCAACACUUGUAAAACACAUGAGAAUACACACCGGUGAGAAAGUGUUUAGUUGCAGUGUGUGUAAUGAAAGUUUCGCUUAUAAGUACCAGUGUAGGAAACACAAGUGUGCUGGUGAGAACAGCAGCAGCCAAUGAAGCUCCAGGAUUUUCAAUAAACUGUCAACUUUUUGUUAACGCUGACUCUCCAACAUCAGCACACAUAACAUGUAAGACAUCAUUGUUUGUGUAACACAAUCUUGUUCAUAUACUUUUACCUCUUAUAGAUUAGAUCAGAGGUUUUUCCAAACAUUUUUCACCAAGUACCACCUCAGAAAACACUUGGCUCUCCAUGUACCACCAUAAUGACCAACAUUAAAUUAAAGCAGCAUAGUAGGCUUAAGUAUUCCUUCCAAACAAGGCAGACAUUUUAUUUAACAAUUAUAUUUAAUAUUUUUGGCCACUGUAACAUUACAGUUUGAACAGUAACAGUGUUUGAAUACAGGAAAAUAAUGAUGAAGGGAUUAUUAGGCGUACCACAGUUUGAGAAUCUAUGGGUUCGAUAUUUUAAGAUGUGCCUUUAUUUCAGUCAUUAAUAUAUGUCAUUUUUUCAUUUUAUUUAAAAAUGUACAGAACAAUUUGACUGAAAAUGUUACAUAAAAUAAAAAAAUAUUUUAUGUGUAUAUAGAGAUGUAUAAUUAACUUUUGUGCUUAUCCAUACGAGUGCUUUUAUAUAAGCUUUCGAAAUUGUCACAUAAUUUAAUUUCUAUUUGCAAAUGAUUCCAUAGAUGAACUCAUUUAUAUGAUACAUAUAUUUUAUAUUUUUUUCAUACCUUUGCUUUUGAAUGCACAAACAUUUCUUAGUAAAUAUUUACUGGUUCACAUCUGAAACGUCUUCUGGACCAGUUCUGGAAGCAUCUUAUUUACUCAAUUCAUCAUUUGAGAAGUUGUGUUUUAUACAAGAUCGUUUACUUUUGAAAUGAGCACUUUUCUUAAUUAUUUGUUGGUUCUCAAUAAUCCAUUCUAGUAAUUCUCUUGAUUACUCUCUUUUGUGAUAUGAAUAUUGUUUUGUGAUUGUUUUAUAUGUAUGUCCCCAGUCCUUUGUACAAUAUGUAAUGUAUGCUUCACCAAAAGUUGGGUACAAUAAAUGUAGUCAAUAUUUAUUGAGUAUAUAUUUU